UAGUCGGCGCAGUCGAAACCAUCACUCAGUUCUAGUCUCCACACACCAUCAGCAUUUCGAUACAAGCACCGGCAUCGCCAGACGCCAGUUCCACGGCGGAAGCCUUUCGCCUUCAGGAGACUCGUCGUCGCAGAGAUUUACUGCACGCUACAGCACGUUUCACUGCCACCAUGCUUGCUCAGGCUUUCUUGAUCUCAUUGGUUCCCGUGGCCCUGGCUGGCGGCCAGUUCGGCUUUGGCGGCGGGUUCGGCCAAUCAUUCGCUGCCGCCACGCAGUCAUUCGCCCGGCAGGAGCAGUACUACCCACCGCAGCCGUAUAGCUUCGGUUACGACAACGCUGAUGAGUACGGUACAAAGUCCUUCCACAAGGAGCAAGGUGACGCAUCGAAUACGAAGACGGGUGCCUACGGGUACUCGGACGCCAACGGCAUCUACCGCCAGGUGAAGUACAUCGCCGACGCCGGCGGAUUCCGUGCCAAGAUCGACACCAACGAGCCCGGUACCGAGCCUGGAGCCAGCGCUGACGCAACCUACACAGGGAGGCCGCUUCCUGCUGGUCCGCAAUACCGUGUCAUCGGUGGCUCGUCGCGCCUGUCAGCUCCCUAUACAAGUGCUUCCACUUACGGUUUCGGCUAUGGCCGCCAGGGUCCGUGGGCCGGCUAAAGAAAAUGCUAUAGUGGAAUAGUGAAUGGUGACUGCUGAAAA